AUGGUUUUUGAGAUUGGGGGUUACGAGCUGUCUUUUGGUAAGAAAGAAUUCUGUCUUGUCACCGGCUUCCGCUUUGGAGAUUAUUUUCUUGCCUCUGGUUCUGGCGCCACUUUCCGUUCCCGUUUAUUUCAUAUGGUCGCGUGGAAUGCCUUUGUCAAAUUAGACGAUGUAAAGAAUGUGUUUGAUCAUUCGCUUAAUGACUUAUCGGACGAGGAUAUGAUCAGUGUAUAUCUUUUAUAUCUGUUAGAGAAGGGGUUCAAUGGAAGGUUGGCUAAACAACAUGUUUUAGAGGGGUAUUUCGCUUUGGUAUCCGACUUUGAUGAAUUCAACAAGUAUCAUGUCGUGAUGAAGUCUAAACAAUCAUCCGGUAGUCAAAAACGUAAAAAAAGAAAACUAGAUGAAGAAAAGAGAAAGGUCGACGCUGGUGCUCUAGAUAAGUUUAUCCGUAGACAACAUGUUAAAGAGCCUGUUGAAGAGCAUGUUGAAGUUGAUAUUGAACACCAAGAACAUGUAGAAGUAGAAGUAGAAGAGACAGAAGAGAAACAGCCCGUUAAAGAGCUUAUUGAUAUAUGUGAUCCAAGAAGGUGGGAUAAACUUAAUUAUGAGGAGAUUAAACUUUUGGUCGAAAAAUGUCCUAAAAGAGAUACUAGUAUUAUGUAUGGUCCCUACAAUAAAUCUGGUAGACGAUUUUCUACAGCUUUAUAUACAAGAACUUUAUCAAAUUUGGAGAAGUGUGAUAGGGGAUGGCUAGUAUAUUCGAAAGAGCUCGACAAGGUAUUUUGCUUUUGUUGUAAAGUGUUUAGAAAAGGGAUUUCGAAAGGUAAAUUGGGCGAUGAAGGUUAUUCAGAUUGGCACCAUGUUACCAGUAGAGUUAAAGAACAUGAAAUUUCCUUAGAUCAUCUCACAAAUAGGAAUAAGUUGUUUGAUAUGCGUAAACGAUUGAACUUAAACGAAACAAUUGAUAAAGUUCAAUAUGAGCAGUUUAAGAAAGAAAGAGACUACUGGAAACAAGUCCUUUUGAGAAUCAUUGCAGUAGUGAAGUUUCUUGCUAAACAUAAUUUAGCAUUCCGUGGAUCAAAUGAAAAGUUGUAUAAAAAAGGUAAUGAAAUUUUUUUGGGUGUCAUUGAAAUGUUGGAAGAGUUUGACCCGAUUAUCAAAGAGCAUGUGCGACGCAUCACAAAUGACGAGCUUCAUGUGCAUUAUCUUGGGCACACAAUCCAAAACGAACUAAUACUUUUGAUAGCUCAAGAAAUUAAAAAGGAACUUAUCAAGAAGAUAAAGGAAGCAAAGUACUACUCAAUCAUACUUGAUUGUACUCCUGAUUCAAGUCACCAAGAACAGAUGACUAUAAUAGUGAGGUAUUUAAAGUUAUCAUAUAAUUCUGUUACUGUCGAGGAGUCCUUUUUAGGUUUUUUGAAUGUUGAUGAUACCUCUAGAAAAGGACUAUUUGAUAUUACACUUGAGGAGUUAAAGUCUCUUGGUCUUGAAAUUGAUGAUAUGCGUGGUCAAGGCUAUGAUAAUGGAGCAAACAUGAAAGGAAAACACCAAGGAGUGCAAAAGAGAUGUUUAGAUAUAAAUCCUAGAGCAUUUUACACUCCUUGUGGUUGUCAUUAUCUUAAUCUAACAUUAUGUGAUAUGGCUAACAAGUGUGUUAAAGGAAAGAAUUUUUUUGGAUUCAUCCAACGCAUUUAUACUAUCUUUGCAAAUUCUACCAAGAGGUGGGAAAUUCUGAAAGAUAAUGUUAAAGCAUGGAGUCUUAAGUCAUUAUGUCAAACUCGUUGGGAAAGUCGGGUUGAGAGUGUAAAGGCUAUUAAACUGCAACUUGUUGAUGUACGAGAAGCUUUACUUCAAGUUGGAGAAAAAGAUAAUGAUGCUGCAAUUGCAAGUAAAGCAACUUCAUUAGCAGAAAAAGAACUUGGUGACUUUGAAUUUUUGGUAUCAACUGUUAUCUGGCAUCAAGUACUAAACCAUGUGAAUAUUGUGAGUAAAAGCUUACAAUCAAAGGAUAUGCAUCUUGAUAAUGCUAUUACAGAAAUAAACAAAUUGAUUGGGUACUUCAAGGAUUAUAGAGAAACUGGUUUUUCAAAAGCGAUUGGUGAAACUAAGGAGAUUGCUAUUGAAAUGGGUAUUGAUCCAAUAUUUCGACAAAAUCGUUUGAUUGAAAGGAAAAAAAGGUUUGAUGAGAGUUCAAGCAGUGAAGAAGUUUCAUUUACACCAGAAGAGAAUAUCAGAGUCAACUAUUUCUUAUACAUUGUUGAUCAAGCUAUUUCUUCUCUUGAGACAAGAUUUGAACAAUUCAAAGAGUAUGACAAAGUAUUUGGUUUUUUAUUUCCACAUAAGUUGAGGGGAACUGAAGAUAAAGAUCUUAAGUCGUCUUGUCAUCGUCUUGAAAAAGCACUCAAGUUUGAAGAAAGAUCGGAUAUUGAUGCCGAUGAACUUUAUACGGAGUUGAAAUUAUUUGAGACAUUGGAAACCAAUGAAUUUAGCAACCCUGUAGAUGUUUUGAAGUUUUGA